UCCUCCUUGCCAUUGUCCUCUCAUUUCUUUCUCUCUUCUUGAUCUUGAUUCAUAUACAUGCACGUGCAUCAAAAACAAGAAAUAUAUGUACUUAGUUUCUAGCUAGCUAGCAGUAAGAAUAAUUAAUAUUGAUGAUUUAGCAUAAAACUUCAUCUAUAUAUUCAUCAAGGGUAUCAACAAGGUCAUAAAGUGGAUCGAAAGCAUGGGAAGAGGCCCUUUCCUGGUGAUGAAUCAGAGGAGAAAGCGGAGGAUCAUCAAAUCUUUGAGCCGUUUUCCUCAGUUCGAUCUCAGCAAGAGAUGUCUGCCAUGGUCUCAGCUCUAGCUCAAGUGAUUGGAAUCACUGACCAAACCCCAGUGGUUCAAGUGCCCGCCGAGCCAUUGGUAAACCCCCUGCCCAGCGCCAUGGAAUUGCAUGACGAUCAACCUCCUCAACUGCAGGCUGCUCAAAAUCAAGGUAAUGUGAGGAGAAGGCACUAUAGAGGUGUGAGGCAAAGACCUUGGGGAAAAUGGGCCGCGGAGAUUCGUGAUCCAAAUAAGGCAGCCCGAGUGUGGCUUGGAACCUUCGAAACAGCCGAGGCUGCCGCACUUGCUUAUGAUGCGGCAGCUUUGAGAUUCAAAGGAAGCAAAGCUAAGCUUAAUUUCCCAGAAAGAGUUCAAGGAGGAGAUGAGUUGGGUUACCUCACAACAACUGGUCCACAGGACUUAGCAGCUGGGGGGAGUCGAAGAACUGAAUUGGCUCAUCACAAUCAGCCUCUUUCUGAUCAUCAAUAUCAACUGCAGGCAAAUCCCAAUAAUGUUAAUUUUACUCAACCUGAUCAAUAUGCACAAUAUUUUCGAGGCGGUAAUUAUGAGAACCUAAGUUAUGAUGUUUUACCAAGUACUUUUUACGAGAGAGAAAGAUCAUUUUUUUCCCAGACUUUAUCAGCUACCACUACUACAUCUUCAUCAUCAUCUUCAGUGCCCUUCGUACCAUCUCAACAAGAAGAUCAAGAUCAACAUGUGCAACAACGACAGCCCUUAAGCUUUUCUAUGGCGCAGCAGCCGUUUGGUUCUUCUUCUUCUUCGAGUUCAGACCCUUAUAAGAACAAGAAAGACUUUGGACAGAACCCUUAGUAUCAAGACAAGUUCCAAGUUUAUCUGGGGGAGAUGAAGAGAGAAUGAAAAAGUGAUCUUGGAGCAGAAGUCAUGAUUUUCAUUCUAUAUAUUUGUUUCCUUAAGUUUUCAUGCAUUAAUUGUUUGUUUUUAGUUUUAUGUUUUCUUGAAUUAAACCCUUUGUUUGUCAUGAAGCUAUAUAGUUUGCGAAAGUUGAACAGGGUUGACAUUAGAAAGCCCUAGUAUUUGUUUGACUGGAGAGAGAGAUUUUCUGGUAAUUA